AUGACCCCCGCGGACAAGGACACGUUCUUCGCGCUCCUCGACGAGUUGAGUGCCUCGCCCGUGCCCGGUCCGCGCCCCUCUUACAACUGUCCCUCCCUGCCCCGCGCCUUCCUCAUCCUCGUCCUCCCCCUCUGCUCCUUUCCCCGUGCGGGUGCGGGUGCGAGCGUAGGCACGACAGCGACGAAGGCCGCCGCCGCCUCCGCCGUCGCCCAUGCCUUCUCCUCCGGCGCCGUGCCCCCAAUCCCGGCCACGAGCGGCUGGAAGCGACCCGACGCCACCGCUGCGGCGGAGAUCUCGAACUCGGUGGGGCGCGUCGCGGCGGCGCAGGCGGCGCUGCGGGCGAGCCAUGUGCCGUCGGUCGAGGCGUCGUCAGACGGCGAGCCCGCAGAGACGGCGAAGCUCAUGCAGGGCCGGAAGUUCGGGGACGUCGACAUGAGCUCUGGCAAGAACAUGUUCGCCUCGAUCCGGGGCUCGACCGCCGCGAAGCACGCGCCGCCCGCGCAGGUCGCGCCGCCGACCGCGCCCGCGUUCCAGCGGCGGAACGACUUCGCGCCGCCACCACGGCGCGUGGCGUCGACGAGCUCGACGUCGAGCGCGAGCGCGACGCCCCCGCCCCCGCCGCGCCGGCAGACGGCGACGCCGCCGGCGGAGGAGAGUGGGGAGUGGGUCGAGGCGCUGUACGACUACAGCAGCGCGGACCCGGGCGACCUGGACAUCGCCGAGGGCCAGCGGAUCCUCGUCGUCGAGCGGACGACGGACGACUGGUGGACCGGGGAGCUCAACGGCCAGCGUGGGCUCAUCCCUGCGGCGUACGUGAAGGUGCUCUAG